AUGAAAGCCGCAGUUCCCAUUUGUGCAAAAGACAUCAGCGAUGAUUUGCUGAAAGAGUUUGCUUUCCUCUCUGGUGGCCGAGGGAAAGACAAUGGCUGGAUAAUCACCUUUCCAGAAAACUCUGAGUUCAACAAAGUGUCCGAAGAGGUUUUUACAAAAGUCUUAACAUACUUGACUUCGGUCCCAAGUCAACAUGAAUCUGACACCAAAUUUAUCCUAAUCCUGGAUAGAAGACUGGACACAUGGACGUCUGUUAAAAUGACUCUCCAAAGGAUAGCAGCCUCUUUCCCUGGGAACCUGCACUUGGUGAUGGUUCUGCGCCCCACUGGGUUUUUCCAGCGCACUUUCACUGACAUUGGCUUUCGUUUUAGUCAGGAGGAUUUUCUUCUUAAAUUACCGGUGGUUAUGCUGAGUUCAGUUAGCGAUUUGUUGACGUAUAUUGAUGAAAAGCAGCUAACACCAGAGUUCGGGGGCACCUUGGAGUACUGCCAUAGCGAAUGGGUUAUCUUCCGAACUGCCAUCGAGAGCUUUGCACUAACAGUGAAGGAUAUUGCACAGAUGUUACAGUCGUUCGGGACGGAGCUGGCAGAAACCGAGCUGCCAGAUGACGUGUACUCCAUUGAACACAUCCUGGCGCUGCGCACGGAAAAAUACUGCCAGCUCAAGGAAGAUAUCAUGAUGGUAACAAAAGAAGGAAACACGCUGUUAAGUAGCUUAGAAGAGCCUGACAGCAACGAGCUGAGUCCGGAAGAGCACCGUGAGAGACCCGGGGACUGGGAGACCGUGAAUCGGUUACUUGCUCAGUUGCACGAGAUGGAAACUGCUUUUGAUGGAUUCUGGGAAAAGCACCAGUUAAAAAUGGAGCAGUAUCUACAGCUGUGGAAGUUUGAACAAAGCUUUCAAGAGGUCAAGAAUGCUAUUGAAUUUUUAAUGGACCGGCAAGCAGACCUGCCUGAUACUGGAGAUAGCGUCUCUCAAGUAAAAGAAAGGCUCAAAGACUUGGGCAGUUUAGAUGAUAUGGCUCAGGAGCUGAUCGGUAAAGCCCAGGUGAUAAUCCUGCAUGGACACCAACUAGCAGCCAGUCACCAUUAUGCACUGAACCUGAUUUGCCAGCAAUGCAAUGAGUUGCGGCACCUUUCCGACGUCGUGUCCGAUGAGCUCAAGAGGAAGCACGCCUGGCUCCAGAAGACCUUGGAGCUACACAUCCACCUGCAGCAGGCUCUCCAGUGCUGUGAUGAAGGAGCUUAUCUUCUAGCCAAUCAGCAAAUGGAUAAAUGCCAAUCUAAGGAAGGCGCCCAGAAAGCUCUUCAGGACAUAGAAAAAUUCCUCGAAAGCUCAUCCCCUUAUUUAAACUUUGACCCCCAAACUUUGCACUAUGACUUCGAGUCCAUUUUAACACCUGAACUCAAGAGUCAAAUACACUCGUGCCAGAUCAAGCUUGAGAAUGUGCGGAGUAUGUUUGAGAAUCGGCAAGCUUGCUUCAAAAAGCUGCUGGAUAAACACGUGCGCCCUGUCCAGCUAGUAGCCCCCCGCCCCGAAAACCCACCAAGAUCAAAAUCACCAUUGUUCUCCCCCAAACAUGGCGUGGAUUUUAAUUCAAGUUUGAAAUUUUCAUUUGAUCUCUCUCUCCCUGGAAAGAAAACAUCAAGAAAAUCUCAAAGCUCUCGCAAGAUUGAAGUAAUGCAUGACUAUCAAGAAAAAAGGAAUUCGCUGCUUUCAUUUAUUUCAGACAGUGAAGACAACUUAGACACACUAAAAGGCCAUGUCAUAAAUGAGCUAAUAGAGACUGAGAGAGUAUACGUAGAAGAACUGUUCACUGUUUUGACGGGUUACAGAGGUGAAAUGGAUAACCCAGAUAUGAUCAUUCUCAUGCCAGCUGUCCUAAGAAACAGAAAGGAUAUUCUUUUCGGAAACAUGCCAGAGAUCUACGACUUCCAUCACAAAAUUUUUCUGCACAGUCUAGAAAACUGCCUUGGAGCGCCAGAAAGAGUGGGCUUCUGCUUCUUGGAGAGGCGAGAAGAUUUUCAGAUGUAUGAGAAAUAUUGUCAGAAUAAGCCGCGGUCAGAAGCUCUGUGGAGGCAAUGUUCAGAGAGCACCUUCUUUCAGGAAUGCCAAAGAAAAUUAGAACACAAACUUGGGCUGGAUUCCUAUUUGCUCAAACCAGUACAACGUCUAACAAAAUACCAGUUGCUUUUGAAGGAGUUGCUGAAAUACAGCACAAGCUGCGGUGGAGUUCAGGAGUUGCAAGAAGCUCUGGUUGCGAUGUUGGAUUUACUCAAGUCAGUCAACGACUCUAUGCAUCAGAUCUCAAUAACUGGAUAUGAGGGAGACUUGAGUGAGCUUGGAAAAGUAUUGAUGCAAGGAUCCUUCAGCGUUUGGGCGGGCCACCGGAAAGGCCCCACGAAAAUGAAGGACCUGGCCCGAUUCAAGCCAAUGCAGAGGCACCUUUUCCUGUAUGAGAAAGCCUUGGUGUUCUGUAAGAAGAGAGAAGAGCAUGGAGAUGGAUACGAUAAAACCUCCUCCUACAGCUUUAAGCACUUUUUGAAAAUGAAUGCAGUUGGCAUCACUGAAAACGUGAAAGGAGAUCAUCGAAAAUUUGAGAUCUGGUAUAGUGGACGGGAAGAGGUGUACGUUGUACAGGCCCAAACAGUAGAUCUAAAGAUGGCGUGGUUAAAUGAAAUAAGAAAAAUUUUGUUCAAGCAGCAGGAGCUUAUAAAAGUGGAGAAACAGCAACCCACUUCGUGCACAGACCAGGUCCAGCUUUCUCCUCCACUGAGCGAUGGAAAGCAGCAGAGAGCCUCCAUAAGCUCCGAGGAAAACGAUUCUGAACGAACCAGUCCUAUAAUGUUGGACAGCGUCCUCCUCUCACCUCAAAACAAGCCAAACAGAAGUUGGCCAGGAAUGUCACAAUCAGUCGAAAUCUGUGAAGGACUGGAGGACUGGUCCUGCAACAAUUACCUUUCCAAUUGCUCAGACACGGAAGAAGAAGAUGGAAGCCAGUUGUCUCCAGGAAAAUACAAAGCCCUAGCAGACUGCAAGAAAGGAGGAUCUGAAGAUCUGCUGGUUAAGAAUGGGGAUGUGAUUCAGCUUUUACAGGAGGAUGGUGAGGGACAGUGAUGCUGCCCUGUGUAACCCAAGAAAGUUUAGUGCCCCCUGAACUAAGAGUGAACUAGUAGCAUCCCAUUUUUUGAUGCUCGUUUGGAAACUUUGAACUAGGUGUUACAGAGAAAUAGCACAGUAGUUGGAGUUACCCUGUACUAUUCAUCACAUUCACAGAUCUUCACAACUUCAUCUGCACUGAACGGGGCUGCAGUUUGUCAUAGUCAUAAAGGAAGCCAUUCUUCGCUCUUUCAGUUUUUUUCCCCUGAGGAAAGUACAGUAUUGUUUUAUUUUUACUUGCUAUUUUUCCAUGACAUCCAUUAACUUUCAUCCAAGAAGUAUAUCAGCAGCUUUUCGUUCUACACACUUUGUUUAGAAGCCCGACAUUUAUUCUACAGGUUGAAGGUUUUAUCUACUUACUUGCUGACAAUAUUUGUGGCCAUUGAUUGCAAAUGGAAGUUCAGUUUUGGUAAACCAAAAAA